AUGUCCUCUAUCCUUUCCAUCUUCUCUUCGGUGUUUUCGAACCAAUUCAGCGACCAAAAGCUGAAGACCAAUCUGCGCAUUCUUUUAGGGCGGAUUAAACUUUUACGCGAGAAACGCGAGUCGAGAAUAAAGUCGAUCGAACAAGACCUGAAGAAAGUUUUACUACUGUCGCAACAACAACACGUCGAAGUUGCCUUGAAGAAGUGCGAUUCGAUCGCUCGAGAACGGAAUUUCCUUCUGAUUUUAGAGGAGGUUCGCGAGUUUGCGACGAUGGUGUUAGAGACGCACAGGGAUUUAGAUCUGACUGGAAGUGAGAAUAAACAGUUACGAACGGCAAUUUCGUCGAUGUUUUAUGCCGCGGGAACUUCUUCCUCGGAAUUAACGAACGAUUUACCGGAAUUGAAAUCUAUCGCUAACGAACUCGCGAAGAAGUUCGGGAAGGAGUUUCGGUUGAGUUGCGAACGGGAGAAGACGAGCGAGGCGUGUGGAGUGAGUAAACAGUUCAUGCAGAUCGUCGCGAAAAAGGUACGGAAAGAUAUGAAGAGCGACGAUGUGGAAGCGAGAAUGGUGUUAGAAAAGAUGGCGAAGGAGAUCGGUGUCGAGUUGCCGAGAGUUGCGGAGAAGAAGAAGAAACCAACGAAGAAGAAGAAGAAGAAAAGUACCAGAGAUUCUUCGUCUGAAGCGAGCGGUGGCAACAGCAGCAGCGAAAGCGAAUGCGAAUCGGGCGAUUCAAACAAGAAAAGCUCUUCGAGUCGUCGAAAGGGCAACAAAACGUCAAACUACGCGACGGCGGAAACGGCGGCGAAAGCGGCUCGCGCCGCCGCCAACAAAGCGCAAGAAGCCGCCGAGUACGCCGAAGCCUUAGUCGCCACCAACGAACUCUUAGCUACUACAACCACCACAUCAUCAUCCGCCGGAAAAGGAAAAAUCACAGCGCUCGACUCUAACGAUUUAGACUUUGAGAACGAGGAAGGAAAAGAAGCCGAAAUCAACGCCGUCAUCGCCGCCGCCUUGGACGAAGUCCGAUUAGAAGAAGAAACAGAAGAAGGAAACGAAAACGAAAACGAAAACGGGAACGAAAACGCCGCUCCGACGAAAGAAAAACCCACACUAGGUGGGAGAGGAAGAGGCGGUCCCCCACCCGGCAUAGCUUCCUCGCGCGAAACUAAACUAGCGAAAAGUGAUCCCACCACCACCGCCGCCGACGACGACGCGCUCGCCGAUCGGUUCGAAAAGUUGAAAUUUUCGAAGAGAUGA